AUGGGAAUUAAAUUAUCUAAAACAUCGAAAAAAAGUGAACCCUUACCACCAAUAAAUGUGCAAGAAAAUCCUGAUUUUAGAUAUAAUGAUGACAGUUGGCCUGAUGUCAUGAAUGAAUUGACUAGAGUUUUGAAACCUGGAGGAUAUCUGGAGUUAGUGGAAUUUAGUGCACCUCUUCAAACGGGUCCCGUUACAAGCCAAUUGUUCAAUGCAGUUAAUAAAAUGCUCGAACUACGAGGUCUCGAUAUACUAACAGUUUACAAAGUGCGAUCAUAUUUUGAACAACAAGAAAAUCUUGAAGAUAUCAUAGAAGAAAAGAAUCGGUUACCACAUGGUCCCGAAGCUGGCAAACUAGGUCAAGCGACUGCAGAAAAUUGCAGGCUUGUACUUUCUAAUCUGAAGCCUUUGUUACAAGAAGCUUUGAAGAUAAGUUCAGAAGAACUUAAAAAUAAUCUGGAUAUUUCAGCUAAAGAAUUACGUGAGUUUAAUAGUUAUCAGGACAUCAGUUGCGUUUAUGCAAGAAAAAUAGUAAAUCAUUGA